UACCUUUAAAUAGGUAAACAUGUAGUUAAGUGUGACAUAACCUUUAUAUCAAUGGUUAUCACAAACUAAACUUGAUAUUACAUCAAUAUAGAUAAAUAAGAGGAAAUGAAUGAAUACGAAUAUAAUGCAUCGUUUGAGAUCAAUGAUAAAAUAAAGCAGAAGUUUGAUGAAUAUGGAUAUAUAUUAGUCAGGAAACUAUUUGAACCUGAAGUGAUAAAUCGAGUAAAGGAAAUGAUACAGAGCAAUGAUCAGAUGCUUAAGUAUAAGUGUGACAUUCCCGACAAAGAUGGUUACGUGUCAUCUAUGAUAGCUUGGAACCAAGCUGGAAGUGACGUAAGCGGUAUGAUGGCACGAUGUGAAAAAGUUGUAAAUCUGGUUGAAAAGUGUCUUGGUGGAGAAGUGUACUUAUACCAUUCGAAAUUCACAAUGAAGUGGCCUAAGAAUGGAGCCGGUUUCCACUGGCAUCAGGAUUACGGAUACUGGUAUGAUUAUGGAAAUCUUUAUCCUGAUAUGGGAACAUUCUUCGUGGCAAUCGACGAGUGCACUGUGGAAAAUGGAUGCUUACAGCUUCUGCGUGGAUCUCACAAAUGUGGACGACUGGAUCACACUAAAGAUGACGGACAAUUCUCUCCCUCAAAAGAAAGAUUGGAAUUCUUAAAAAAGAUACUUCCUUUGGAUGUUGUAGAAAUGAAACCGGGUGAUGCCGUUUUCUUCCAUUGCAAUGUCCUACAUAUGAGCGAAAUUAACACAAGCGACAAACGCCGCAUUGGAUUUCCAAUAUGUUAUAAUAGAGCAAGUAACAGUCCAACGAAGAAACACCACCAUCCGCCGUACUCUCCGAUAAGCAAGGUAACAAAUGAAGAUUUAUAUAACUGUACAAACAUUACCGAUAUGACUGGCAAGGAUUUUAUAGACCUAUCAAAUGCAGCUACAAUUAAGAGUCAGUUAACAUCGAUCGGACAAAAUGGUACAAAUUAAGAAGAAACAAAUAUACAACAAGAUAAAGAUAAAUAAGUUUUAACUUUCGGUAAACUUGCAGAACGGUACACAAGAGUUACUCCCCGUUGUACAUAGUUUAUCGAACAAUAUCUAAAUCAGUCAGAAAUAUUUACAUUUGUAUUUUUUAUUAGUAUAAUCACAACACGGACAUUUUGAUAACAGUUGGUAAACAGCAAACAUAUCUGAUAUUAUUUUCACCUGAAUAUAAGACAGGUUUUUAUAGAAGGUCAUGGAUAUUUGAAGACGAACAGGAUAAAACGGUGUUUUCUAUUUCAUAAAGAAAUGACUGUACCAAGGCAGGAGUUUGACACUUGUUUUCCAUUCGUUGACGUUUUUGAGCUUUUGAUUUUGGCAUUUGAAAAGAGUUUUUCCGUUUUGUAUUUUGUAUUGAAAUUUAUAAAACAUUUUAUUGUACUGCAAUUUCCGGCUCGUGUGGAGAAAUUUGCCGAUACAGCAGAUGUAAAUAGGAUAGAUUUUUGUUUGUCCUCGAUCAGUUUUUGUAUUGGUGGUUAUUUUGAAUCAUUAGUUAAUAAAGGUCCCAUCAAAUGGGGUUGAUGUUUUAAUCUGUAUUAUGUCCUAGUACAGUCGUUUUAUGUUGUUACAUUCGAAACAAUAGGCUAUUAUAAUAAAUUCAGUAUUGCUGCUUAAUUUCCACAGUUAUCGCUCUUUGGAAGACUUUAUUAAUAUAUCUUAUUUAUUCUUACUUUUAUGUUUUAGUGAUUAUCGUUUUUUCAAGAUCUUUUCUUUCCUUUUUCCUUUUUACAUAAGUCCAAAAGGAUCAUUCUUAAGUCAAAUCGGAAAUACGAGAUUUAAAAUACGAGGUUUGAAAUGUGGAUUUGAAAUUCAUUAUCUUUACCUUUAGAAUUGUCAUUCAAAUCCAUUGGAUUUGAAAUUCAAUGUCCAAUGAAACCAAUAAAAGAAAACUUCCAGGUUACGAUGCUGUCAAUGCCAGUAGUAUGUGUUUAUGAAAUCGGCUUCGAUUUGAUUUAUCAAUUAUCUAUAACUAAGAAGAACGAAGAUCAAAAACCUUACCGUGGAUCUUCAACUUAGUGUUUUCAUUUAAUUGAAAAGAAAAAGAAAUAACGAAAUGAAGAACUUCCACGAAACACAUAGAUACUGACGGCAAAUAAACAUCAAUUAUUUACAAAAGAUAUGAUAAGAAAACAGGUAAACAUUGUAAAAAGUAUAUGCUUAAGUAAACUAUACUAGAAUGAACCUAAAGGAAAGUCAAAAUUACCUGAUGGCAUUGUUGUUUAUUAAUUUAACAUAUAAUUCGUUUCCACUUUUUUUUCUUUUAAAGUCAUAUGAAACGAGUAACUGGUGAAAGAAAAUGCUUAUUCAAUUCUUGAACCAAUGCAUAUAUUUAUCGUAC